CAAAAUGAUAAAAUGGUGAUUUGUAAAUACUUCCAACAAGGGUGCUGCAAGUACGGUCCGAAUUGCCGCUUCGAACAUGUUUUUGGUUCCAAAUACUCUUAUUCUCGAGCACCACAACAGCAACAGCAUACGAAUCAAAACAAUGUAUUUAAUCAAGCAACUGGGAACAACGCAUCGUCGUUAUUUCGAAGUGCGGUACAGAGCAAUGCUACUCCUUCGGUGUUCGGUCAAAACCCCGCCAGCAGACCUUCAGUAUUUAACCGCCUAGGACAUCAGCCUCAACAACCAGCCCACCAAAAUCCGUUUGUAUCUAGUGACCCGGCCAGAUCUUUGUUUGCACAAGCCACACAAAGUGUAUUUGCACAGGCGAACGCUCAGAUACCUGUUCAGCCGCCACAAAACAUGUUUGCUCCGAUCCCGAGAUCAGUGUUUGCACAAGCCAAUCAUAAUGUAUUUCAAACGCAACACUUAGCUCCACAGCAAAACUCCGCAGCAAAUUUAUUUGCAAGUGCUGCCCAAAAUGUCUUUGCUCCAAGUACUCCAGCCCCCAAAAAUGUAUUUGCACAAAGUAAUAAUACACCUAUAACUAAUGUGUUUGAAAUAUCAAAACAAACAAGCUUUGAAUUAUGUGAUGAUAAUCUAUACAGUAACUUGGAGGACUUAUCAAAAACUGAUAUUCAAGCGUUUGAAAGUGUAGAGUUCAGAUUAGGAUAUAUUCCAGAGUUACCACCUCCAAAAGUAUUAUGUGUGUAGUUUUUUUUUUAUAGAAUAAGGGGGCAAACAAGCAAAUGGGUCACCUGAUGGAAAGCAACUACCGUCGCCCAUGGACACUCGCAACAUUAGAAGAGCUGCAGGUGCAUUGCCAGCGUUUUAAGAGGGAAUACAUAUUAUAUAUACUAUUCUUGUAGGUUUGCAGGUUGUAUAGGUUUACAGUGUCUGGCAGAAAGUUAAGC